GGACGAGAGGGAUUCUUCAGUGGGACUUUGGGGGUGAAGGACUGCUCCCUGUAAGCAUUCAGGAUGCCGGUCAUAAAUGUAGACGACCUGACGGACAAGGACAAGGCUGUAAUGGAAGUAAACCAACUCAAGAUUGAAGUGAAACUUGAGAGGUGGUUGACAUCUAAAUGCUGUGAGGAAAUCAAGGACUACAUUCAGGCUGGAGUGGAGGAGGACAUCCUUGUCAAAGGCAUUCCAGAGGACAAGAACCCCUUCAAGGAGAAAGGUGGCUGUGUCAUCUGCUAGACUGGACCCGAGGAGCUUUUCACAUCUCAGAUUAGCAUCCAAGGACAUUCUCCCUCCCCUCAUUAAACAGAUUUGCAGACAGAGAAGACUAGAAGGACGCAUGAAAGAAAGAAUUUACAAAACUUCCAGUGUAAAUGAUUCCCCAUCUUCUCGUCAGAUUUGUAGCCAUACAAUUUUAUUCUUUCAAAGAUGCAAUAAAUAUGAGUUGUAUUUGGCAGGGGUUUUAUUAUGCUUCUCUCCCAUGUGGUGUACAUAGUCUGAGCAAGUGGACCCAUGUGUUGUUUCAUACACAGAAGCAACUGUCAUUAAAUGUGCUUGUUUAUAACUCA